GGCGGGCCUUGCCGGUGGGGGCGGCGCAGCGCGGCCGGGCCGGGCCGGGCCGGCGGCGGGAUGUGCUCGGCGCUGCUGGGCGUCGCGCUGCUGCUGGGGCUCUACACGCUGCUCUACCACGGGCUGCGCCGCCCCGCGCCGCCCCGCGCCCCCGCCUCGCUGCGCGGCCGCACCGCCAUCGUCACCGGGGGAAGCGGCGGCAUCGGCGCGGCCACGGCGCGGGAGCUGGCCCGGCGCGGCGCCCGCGUCAUCCUGGCGGCCCGCAGCGCUGCGCGGGGGGAGGCGGCCGCCCGCCGCAUCCGCACGGAGACGGGCAACGCGGAGGUGCUCUUCAUGCACCUGGACCUGGCCAGCCUGCGCUCGGUGCGGGCCUUCGCCAGCGCCUUCCUGCGCCAGGAGCCGCAUCUCCAUCUGCUCAUCAACAACGCGGGGGUGAGCGCCGGGGGCCGGACGGAGGACGGCUACGGCCUCACCUUCCAGGUGAACCACCUGGGCCACUUCCUGCUGACGCAGCUGCUGCUGGAGCGGUUGCAGCGCAGCGCGCCCAGCCGCGUGGUCAUCGUGGCGUCGCGCGCCCACUGCUCGGGGCGCCUGGACCCGGCCGCGCUGGGCCGCCCGGCCCGCGGCGCCCUGCGCACCUUCCAGGCCUAUUGCGACAGCAAGCUGGCCAACGUGCUGCACGCCCGGGAGCUGGCCACCCGCCUGCAGGGCACCGAGGUGACGUGCUACGCCGUGCACCCAGGCUUCGUCAACACGGAGCUCUUCCGCCACGCGCCGCUCUGGCUGAAGCCGCUGCUGGUGCCGCUCGCCUGGCUCUUCUUCCGCGAGGCCGCCGAGGGCGCCGAGACGCCGCUGUACUGCGCCACGCAGGAGGGGCUGGAGCGCUUCAGCGGGCGCUACUUCGCCGACUGCCGCCCGCGGGAGCCGUGGCCGCAGGGCCGCGACGAUGGCCUGGCGCGGGCGCUGUGGGAGGCCAGCGAGCGGCUGGUGGGGCUGAGCCCCCACGGCCCCCCCGCCCCCGGGGAAUAAAUGACACUGCCCUGA